AUGACUGAGCCUCCAGAUGUGUUACCGCUGUCGAAACCAAGACUUGAAGGGGACGUGAGAGCAGACGAAGAUGACGCAGCAAUCAUUUCCGUCAGGUUGUCGCCAGCCGAGGGUUCGUCUCAACGUAUCGUCAGCAACGAAUGGACAGUUACUCGCUGGCAUCGGUCUUAUGCCAACCAAUAUCCUUAG